GAUGAGAUAUAAGUCAUAAAAGCCGCGGAUCAGGGUCACUGCCAAGCUCCACACCGUCCGACUGCGGAACGUGCGAACACCGGUGCUGUGAUUGUUUAGUUCUAACAAAUUUAUUGACAUAAUGCAGCCUCUAUGGCUGUCCGUGGUGUGCUGCGUCUCUGUAUUCGUCGUUCACGUUUAUACAGCCGCAGUGCCAACAUCAGAUACGUUCGUGGUCGCAAAAGCUGAUGACGGAUACACAGAAAAAUCUGAAAUGACCACUGAGGAGGAGCCGAAUGUUCCGAUCAAGCUGACGAAAAUGCAGGUGAACUCCGAGGUGUCGCUGCGUUACGCGCACACCACCGUCGUCACCUACGUGCGCAACCCUUCGCGCCGUUCCCAACAAGCUACGUUUCACGUACUUUUGCCAGAAACUGCAUUCAUAAGCGGUUUUGUUAUGACAUUAGACGGGAAAUCGUAUAAAGCCUAUGUGAAAGAGAAAGAAGAAGCUAAGAAAAUCUACGAUGACGCUGUCUCUCAGGGAACUGGUGCUGCUUACAUAUCAGCUAAGGCCCGAGAUUCAAACCACUUUACAGUGUCAGUAAACGUGGAGCCCAACACCGAGGCGGUGUUCAACCUGACCUACGAAGAGCUGUUAGUGCGGCGCAACGGAGUGUACAAUCACGCCAUCAACCUACAUCCUGGCGCGCUCGUGCCCAAGAUGGAGGUGACCGUGCACAUCAAGGAAUCGCAGAAGAUCUCGCUGCUGAGGGUUCCGGAAGUGAGGACCGGAAAUGAAAUUGAUGCUACCGAGAAAGACGCUCAAAAUGAAAAGGCUGUUAUAAAAAAGUGCAACGACGACAAGGAGGCGACCAUAACCUUCACUCCAGAUCUUGAAGAACAAAAUCGACUAAUGGCGAUAUAUUCGGAUAAGAUCAUAGAAUCAGCGAAAUUAUCACACGAAUCGUACUCGGAUCAAAAUAACGAGAAAACAACUGGAGUCCUCGGACAGUUCGUCGUUCAAUACGAUGUGGUUCGCCCCGAAAAGGGAGAAAUUUUGGUGAACGAUGGCUACUUUGUUCAUUUCUUCUCGCCGGAAGAGUUGAAACCGCUGAGUAAAUUCGUCGUGUUCGUACUGGACACGUCGAGCUCCAUGUACGGUCGUAAGAUAGAACAGCUGCGUACGGCCAUGCAAGCCAUCCUCGCAGACCUGCGUCCUACCGACUACUUCAGUAUCGUUGAAUUUAACAGCGACGUCAAGGUGCACAAUCUUUCGGAGACUCAUAAGGACGAGGCAUCUCCUCACGAGUAUAGCGUCGUCGACUAUGACAUUAAUCUCGACCGCGCUAGUGAUGGCGCGAUCGCGGAACCCGUACUCGCCUCGCCUCACAAUAUCGCCAAAGCGCAAGAUAUAGUAUCGAAGUUCUCUGCUAAUGGAGGAACCAACAUCUACGAAGCACUCGACGUUGCUAUUGACGUCAUCAAUAAGGCUUAUGGAACAAAUAAACCUGACUCCAGCGCUGCCAUUAACAAUAGUGACGCAGAAAGAAUUCAAGCAUUGCAGCCGAUUAUUGUCUUCCUGAGUGACGGCGAAGCCUCGGUGGGAGAGACCAAUCCGAAGCGUAUUCUCUCUCACAUUAGUGAGAAAAACACCGGCGAGAGGAGAGCUGCGUUAUAUUCCCUCGCUUUCGGCCACGACGCGGACCGCGGCUUACUUCGCAAGCUGUCGCUGCGCAACGAAGGCUUCAUGCGCCAGAUCUACGAGGCGGCCGACGCGGCGCUGCAGUUGCGACACUUCUACCAGCAAGUCUCGUCGCCGCUGCUGGCGCACGUCAAAUUUGUCUACCCGCCCAACCAGGUAAAGGCAGAAUCAGUGACGCGGCAUGUGUUUGACGCGAUCUUCGCGGGUUCAGAAACGGUGGUGGCCGGCAAACUGGAGCCAGAUGUGCUGGAACUAGCGCCGCAUGUGACUGGCUUUUGUGCAGAGGAUGAAGACCAUUAUGCCAGGAAACGUUACGAGGUGAUGAAUAAGGUGAAGGUGAGUGAGAAAAAGGAAUACCUUCCACUGGAGAGGCUCUGGGCGUACCUCAGCAUCAAGCAGCUGUUGGACGAGCGAGACGCACACGAGCAAGAUGAUAACAAGGACGAGAAGAGCCCCGAGAAGCGUGCACUGGCCAUAGCUCUCAAGUACGAAUUUGUGACGCCAUUGACAUCACUAGUGGUUGUUAAACCAAACGCUACUAACGCUGUGGAUACAGUUUCUGCCGACGGACCCGACACUCAAAAAGACUAUGCAAUUCCGCUUUUGCCGUCCCCAGUCUAUUCGGGUUUUAACGUCGCUCCCCUUUUGCCGUCCCCAGUCUAUUCGAGUUUUUACGUCGGUGGCGCGGGCGGCACCAUAGACAAUGAAGCUUUUGAGGAGAGCCAUUUAGGCGCAGAUAUUUCCUUGGAUAAUCUUAAUGAUUUUAACUUUGCUACGAUUACCACGGAUCCUUUACCUUCCACCACCGCUCCGCAGUCGACUUCUUCUGAAUCUUACGAGGAUACUUACCAUUUAAAAAGCUACAGUUGGGCAUUAAUCAUACUCAAUAGCGAGACAAACUCGCUUGAGUUUCUAGCAAAUGGAAAAAAUAUCACUCUCGAACUUUCGAAGUCCGAUACGGUCCCAAAGGCGAGCGACGGCGACAGCGAUUGCGCACACGGCGUGGGCGAGGGGGCGGCAGAGGCGGGCGCGGAAGGCGGCGUGUGCGUGUAUCUCACGCGCUGCGUCGCCGCCAGAGAGAUCAGCCUGGACGAGUACCGCAACAAGUACUGCGUCGUCGAAAACAAAUAUGCUGGCGUAUGCUGUCCCAAAAAUAAAGUAGAUACAGAAACACCUUGUCUUUAAGCUGAUUACUUUAACAAAAUUGAAUAUCAAUAGAGCCCCGAGUGAUUUACUAUUUUUAAGAAAAUUAAUUAAUUUGUUUAAAAA